CGGAGAAUCCUUGCCAAUGAGAAGCAGACGCCGAGCUGCUCUCAGUCGCUGUUGUGGCUGCGAGGCAGCGCAGUCAGCACCGCAUCCGUCCGCUCGAGCAGUGAUUCAGCCCGAAGCUAAAGCUGCGGGACUAUUUCAAAACUAACCGGCCGUUCCGAGACAGUCGCCGCCGGCGGUGCGCGACCCCGCUCCCGCUCUCCGCCGCCUCCAGGUGCUGAGGAAACGGAAGGAAGAAGAACCAGCUGUGUCAAGACUCGGUGGUGAACAUGGAGACGAUGUCCAGCCAGUUGGCCUUUUCUUUGUGAAUGGAUUAGAGGUUAACUCGUGACCAUGCGCUGUCUGGCUGCUCGGGUGAACUACAAGACCCUCAUCGUCAUCUGCGCCCUCUUCACACUCAUCACCGUGCUGCUGUGGAAUCGAUGCUCCAGUGACACCUCUGUGCGCUUCCUGCCCCGGGCGGCCCUCGUGGCUCCAAGUCCCAGGGUGGGGGAUGCUAGCAUCAGCAGCCAGCAGCACCCUCCGCAACCCCCGGAGCCCCCGCCUGUCGUCGGGGGUGCUGGCGGGCUCAAGUAUGAAGAAAUUGACUGCCUGAUCAAUGACGAGUCGACGAUCAAAGGGCGCCGCGAGGCCGGAGAGAUCUACCUGCCCUUCGCGUGGAUAGAAAAAUACUUUGAGGUGUACGGAAAAGUGGUGCAGUACGACGGCUACGACCGCUUCGAGUUCCAGCACAGCUACUCAAAGGUUUACACGCAGCGCGAGCCCUACCACCCCGACGGAGUCUUCAUGUCGUUCGAGGGAUACAAUGUGGAGGUCCGCGACCGCGUCAAGUGCAUCAGUGGAGUGGAAGGUGUGCCUCUGUCCACUCAGUGGGGCCCUCAGGGCUACUUCUACGCCAUCCAGAUUUCCCAAUACGGUUUGAGCCACUACAGCAAAAACCUGACCGAGCGCCCUCCCCACGUGGAGGUCUACGACACGGCCGAGGAGCGAGACAGCCGGGCCAGUACGGCACCCUGGAGUGUGCCGAAGGGUUGCGGCCUCAGCCGUGUCCUCGACAAGACCCGAGCUACCUCCGUGCGUCAGUUCAGCGCUCCAGACUCCUCCGAAGGCGUGGCCCUCCCACUGGGGAACUCCAAAGACUUCAUCCUCGCCUUGGACAUCAAGUUCGUCUCCAACGGCAGCGUGUCCGUGGUCCUGGAAACCACCGAGAAGGGCCCGCCCUUCACCAUUCGCUACGUGACCAACACACAGCUCAUCGCCUUCAAAGACCACGAAAUCACGUACGGCGUCGGGCCACGGACCACCUGGAGCACGCUGACCCGAGACCUGCUCACCGACCUCAGGAAGGGAGUCGGGCUGUCCAACACCAAGGCCGUGAAGGCCACAAAGAUCAUGCCCAGGCGGGUGGUGCGGUUGGUCCUACACGGACGUGGCUCCGUGGACAACGUCACCAUCUCCACCACCGCCCACAUGGCCGCCUUCUUUGCCGCCAGCGACUGGCUGGUGCGCAACCAGGACGAACGGGGCGGCUGGCCCAUCAUGGUCACGCGCAAACUGGGCGAGGGCUUUCGGCCUCUGGAGCCCGGCUGGUACUCGGCCAUGGCUCAGGGCCAGGCCAUGUCCACCCUGGUGAGGGCCUACCUCCUCACAAGGGACCAGGUUUACCUCGGCGCCGCCCUCAAGGCGGUGGGACCCUACAAGGUGCCUUCAGCGCAGCACGGGGUCAAGGCUGUGUUCAUGAACAAGCACGACUGGUACGAGGAGUACCCCACCACGCCCAGCUCCUUCGUCCUCAACGGCUUCAUCUACUCCCUGCUCGGACUCUAUGACUUGACCGAGACGGCUGGGGAGAAGCUGGGCCGGGAGGCGGGGCAGCUGUUCAGCCGUGGCAUGGAGUCGCUGAAGGCCAUGCUGCCGCUCUACGACACGGGCUCCGGCAGCAUCUACGACCUGCGCCACUUCAUGUUGGGCACCGCGCCCAACCUGGCGCGCUGGGACUACCACACCACGCACAUUAACCAGCUGCAGCUGCUGGCGUCCAUAGACAAUGCUCCCAUUUUCAAGGACGUGGUCAAGCGCUGGAAGAACUACUUAAAGGGGAUUCGUGCCAAACACAACUAGGCAAACUGUAAUUUACAUAUAUGUAAGACAUCUGAGGUGAUGACUGAGGAUGACGUUGCGCAGUGUGAAUGGAUGUGUGAACGUGAGGUUGGGUGCUCGCGUUGUUUGUCUGUGUGUUCGUUCCGGUUUCCUGGUUGAGGUUCAUAACAUAGAAGAAGAGUUUAGUCGGCAGCAGCAGCGCUCGAUUCUGAAACUUUCUCGUGUGCUCUGUUGCGGGUUUUUACAUUUUCUGCAACACUGACAGUAGCUCUCCUCCUCCUCCCCUGCUCGUCUUUCCUCCUUCGUUUGUAAUUAUGCACAGACCUAGUUUCUCUCUCUCUCUCUCUCUCCCUCUCCCUCUGUGUGUGUGUGUGUGUGUGUGUGUGUGUGUGUGUGUGUGUGUGUGUGUGUGUGUGUGUGUGUGUGUGUGUGUGUGUGUGUGUGUGUGUGUGUGUGUGUGUGUGUGUGUGUGUGUGUGUGUGUGUGUGUGUGUGUGUGUGUGUGUGUGUGUGUGUGUGUGUGUGUGUGUGACGAAACUCCUUGAAACCACGUUGUCCAACAUUCUUUCCACUACAAGUCUCUACUUUUUUACCAUUUCAUCCCAGAUUUGCAAAGGUUUAUUGAAAAUUAAUAAACUGUAAAUAACAGAAUAUAUUAUAAAUUAUUAGGAGAAUGUUGCCAAAAAAACAAAAGAUCUUAUCAAUAUAAAAUUACUUUUUGGAGUUUUAUUUCUCAAUUGCAUCCCAUAACAUUGGAAAAGUUUUCAGGAAGUUUUUUUCUUUUUGGUUUAUUUUGAGUUCAGCGUCUGCUUGGUGAUUUCAACGUUAAUUUGGCUGUCAUCCCUUUACAGGAACAUUUUGGGGGGUUUUAUUCCGAAGCCCUUUACUAAGAUCCAGAUAAAUAAUGAUGCAUUAUGUUUUUUUUGUGCCUGGUGAGCUGAACUAAACAUUUUAGUGUUGUAUAUAAAUGUAACGCCAUGGACUCCAUGUGUUCUGUCAAUGUUCUUGAAUUCAGCCCCACCAGAAACCACCAUAUUUGAUUUCAACGAGUUAAACCGCUCAGCAACCAGCCGCUCUCCUUGGUUCAGUCCCACAAUUCCAACUUUUUUCUUUUUUUUCAAAUAAAACGGUGAUUAAAAAUGCAUCCUUAACCCUCAGCAAAAAAAAACACUCACUCAGAUGGUCACACAAAAAAAACCAAUCAAUAAUUCAUGUGCUGUUGUGGAACACAGCUACAAGUAAUUAGUUCUGCAUCAGUCUGAGUUCAGCUCACUUUAGAGAAGUUCUUCCACAUCGCGGAUCCUGUGGCUGUGAAUCCCAACGCGGUCGAUGUUGCAGCGACGAGGUCGCAGCUGAUCACAAAUCACAGUGAUUAAUGAAGAGAGAAGAAAUAAGAAUAUCCAGAUCUGCUGAUUAAGACGGUUACAGUUCCGAGCCAGAUUCUUAACGGGGCCCAGUUCCGUUUGGAAACUACUUAACCUCACAAAAAAAUGAACAUAUUCUUAGUUAUUUUCAUAACUGCCACGAGUAAAGCUUUUCUUCUAUGAAUGAAACUUACUGGUGAAUCACCUGAAGACGAGCGUUCUGUUGUCUGGAGGUGAAUUCUUUUACAAACACAGAGAGACUCUAGUCCCUCCUCCCGGCCGUCAGGCCGUGCAUGAACUCAGCGGUUUUUUUUUUUAUAUUUUAAUCUCGUGCGCUGCCGCCACCGCUGACCCCUGUGCGAGGACAAAUGGGCUCGCCGAGACGCCAACAAUUCACCGGGCUCAUGGGACGAGGGGGGCCCGUCGCUCGUCGAGCGGAUGAGUCAGCAGCAAAAAAACGAAACAGCGGAGCCCUUCAGCAUCGAUGAGCCUCUCAUCGAUCUGCUUCAAAGAUUAUUGAUGAGAAGAAGGAGAAUGUGGCUGGUUCGGGAGUUGUUGGUUUUUUUCCCCUGAAAGUGGUGAUGGGGAAUUUUUUAUUUGGUCAUUUUCAUAAAACUGGUCUUAACUUUGACUUGAAACACAUUUUGCUCUUAAAGACAGAAGCUCAUGAUUUAUCUCAAUGUAAAACUGGGAAGGAAACACUUGAUCCCUGACCUUUCUGACCUCAAAGCUUCAUCUGGCUUGAAAAAUUAAUAUCAGUAAUAUUACAUUUUCCCCCUCAAAAUAUGACUUUAAAAAACGCACUAUUUUUCUCAAAAUUAGAUCUUUUGGCUCAAGUGUUAGUAGAGGUUAUAUUGUGGAUGACAGCUAAAUUAAAAGAUAACGUUUGUACCUGAAUCAGAGGCAUGUGUGUACAUUUUCAUAAUUGUUCAUUUCAUUUCAUUGUUCAUUUAUUGGGGACUUGUUUUUGUUUCUUUUCCCACGAAUACUUGCGUCAUCUAUAUAAUUUUGUCGUUUCAAAGGGAAAUGUCUUUAACUGAAGUUUCAUCGUUUGGCUCCGUUUGUGUCACACCAAAGUCAUUGAUUGAUUUGAAUUUGUAUGUGUUUGUGUAUGCUAAUUUCCAUUAAGUAUUUAAGAGAGAGAGAAACACACUGCCUUCUGGGAAAUAUAGGUUAAAUAGAUUUAUAGCAAAAAAAACAAAAACAAAUUGCUUGUAGAACUUUCUCAUGGUGAACGGGGGAUGUGUGCAACUAGAGAUUAGCAUUUAGUCGGCUACUGUUUAAAGGGAAAUCUGACAAUAGCUGCAAAUUCUCCUUGAAAGCUUUCGCUUGUUGUUGGGGUUUUUUUAUAAUUUGUUGGAAUCUUUGAAUCAGUUGUUUUCCUAGAUAGAAAAAAAGCACAACUGCCGUUUAUCAUCACAUUAUUUUGGAUGUAUUUCUACUUUUUAUUUCUUUUUUAUUUCAGAACAAUGUGCAACGCUUUAGAGAAGAGAACCUCCUUUAUCUCAUGUUAGCCGUAUUUUUUUUCUGUCUUUUUCCACUAUCCAUUCAAAAAAAGAAAGGAAAAAAAAAAAGACUUCAACGUAUGACCACUGAGGUCAAAUGUGAUUUAUGCAAUAAAAUGUUUACUGGGGUCGUCACGCCACGGGAGACCUGCAGCUGUUCUAGUAUCUAAGCACAAUGUGCAAAAAAAGCUACCAUUUUUUUAGCCCAAGGAAGAGAAACGUGUUUAUAUACAGAGUAAAUCUUUGUGCUUUAAGAGUUUGCUUUUUAAAGGUGUAAAAAAUAAAAAAAUAAUUUUUCUUAAAA